CAUCUCAUCUCAUCUCAUCACAAUAUCACAUUGAUAAGCUCAAAGACGAAGAGAGAUCGAAGGAGAGAGGGAGAGACAAUGGUCAAUCCCUUCACAUUAUCUCCACCCUCAGCGUUCCUCUCCCCUACCAAAACCCUCAAACGCUUUUCCGCUCUAACCCAUUCAAAAAGACAACCAAGGCCUCUCUCUGUGACCGUUACCUCACUUCACAAACCUGGCUCCGACAUUGACUCACCCCAUUUGCCGCCCAACGUCCAGACCUUCUGGCAAUGGCUGCGCGACGAAGGCGUUGUGUCCGCCAAGGCUCCGGCCAGGCCCGCUCUGGUCCAGGAAGGCCUGGGCCUCGUUGCCCAGAGAGACCUUGCUCGGAACGAGGUCGUUCUGGAGGUCCCCAAGAGGUUGUGGAUCAACCCAGAUGCUGUGGCGGCCUCCGAGAUUGGGAGUGUGUGUAGCGACUUGAAGCCCUGGGUGUCUGUGGCUCUGUUUCUGAUCAGAGAGAAGCUCAAAAGCGACUCUCCGUGGCGUUAUUACCUCGAUGUUCUUCCGGAGUACACGAAUUCCACAAUAUAUUGGUCAGAAGAGGAGCUGGCUGAACUUCAAGGAACUCAACUUUUGAGCACGACGUUGAGUGUGAAAGAAUAUGUGCAAAAUGAAUUUCUAAAAGUGGAAGAAGAAAUCAUAUCCCCUCACAAGCAGAUUUUUCCAUCUCCUAUAACACUGGAUGACUUCUUUUGGGCAUUUGGAAUACUCAGAUCAAGGGCAUUUUCACGCCUACGUGGUCAAAAUCUUGUUUUGAUCCCCCUUGCAGACUUGAUUAACCAUAGCCCCAGCAUAACCACAGAAGAUCAUGCGUGGGAGAUUAAAGGUGCAGCAGGUCUCUUCUCUUGGGAUACCUUAUUUUCACUACGGACCCCUGUUUCUGUCAAGGCUGGUGAGCAGGUUAUGAUCCAAUAUGACAUAAACAAGAGCAAUGCUGACCUGGCUCUGGACUAUGGGUUCAUAGAAUCCAAGGCAGAUCGCAAUGCUUUUACUCUAACACUAGAAAUAUCUGAGUCGGACCCUUUUUUUGGGGACAAGCUGGACAUUGCUGAGUCAAAUGGUAUGGGCGAGACUGCGUACUUCGACAUUGUUUUUGACCGUCCACUUCCGCCAACAAUGCUUCAAUAUCUGCGGCUGGUAGCACUUGGGAGCACCGAUGCUUUCUUGUUAGAAUCUAUUUUCAGAAACUCUGUCUGGGGCCACCUUGAGUUGCCUGUAAGCCGUGCCAAUGAAGAGCUCAUAUGCCAAGUGGUCCGAGAUGCAUGCAAAUCUGCUCUUUCUGCCUAUCAUACCACCAUUGAAGAGGAUGAGAAGUUAAAAGGAGAAAAUCUCGAUCCAAGGCUAGAAAUCGCAGUUGGAAUAAGAGAAGGGGAGAAGAAGGUGCUCCAUCAAAUUGAUGAGACCUUCAAGGGUAGGGAAUCAGAAUUGGAUGAGCUGGAGUAUUACCAAGAAAGGAGGUUGAAGGAUCUUGGUCUAUGUGGGGAGCUAGGUGAUAUCAUCUUCUGGGAGCCCAAGUAGAGCUAAGUCUGUCACUCCUAAACUAUGAUUGGUACCUCAAUGGAACGCAGUUUCUGGAGUUCUCUUAAGAGGCGAGAAAAGGAAACACCCAAUAGACAACAUUUUAUAUGCUGCAGUAGUCUCUCCAAUUGUCUAAAUUGGGUGUGCGAUUGAGCAUCCAUUGAGCUUACUUCUACAGCCCAGUUUACACUUGUACUUCAAGAGCAGCAAGAAGUUCCUGGUUGAGCUACAAUCUUUCUUAAUGGCUAACAUAUAGUAGGAUUAACAAUUUUUUA